UAUAGCUUCUCAUUUUAAAGAAAUGUCUCACAGAGAGAAGGCAUUUUGGGUGAUCUAUAAAAAAUACAGGCCUCACCUUCUCAUGGUUCUGGUUGAGGUGGCUGUCACACUUCUCUAUUUCCUGAUAGAGGCUUCUUUCAACAAGGUGAUGAACCUUCAAGUCUUCGUAACCUACCGGCAUGCUCUUGGUGGUAUUAUAGUGCUUCCUUUCGCAUAUGUUCUUGAGAGAAAAGCUAGGCCAAAGCUGACGAUGGCAAUGUUCAUGGAGCUAUUUUUGCUUUCCCUUUUGGGGUUCAGCCUCACCCUAAACAUGUAUUUUGCAAGUUUGAAGUGCACCUCUCCUUCAUUUGUCACAUCAAUGGUUAACACAAUAUCAGCUCUAACAUUUAUAAUUGCAGUUGCACUCAGAUUAGAGGCUGUUGAUGUUAAGAACCCUCGUGGAGUAGCUAAGAUCCUUGGAACUCUUCUGUCAUUGGCUGGAGCUUUGACUAUGACUUUGUACAAAGGACAUGCUAUUCCGAACUUGAAGGGUGCUCCAAUCCUAAUCAGAGGCCAAUCUGGUCAUACUAAUUGGAUUAAAGGAUCAAUUCUGACUGUUGCAAGUUGCAUAUCAUGGUCAGUAUUCUACUUAAUGCAGUCUAUAACAGUGAAGAAAUAUCCAGCUAAGCUUUCGCUCACGGCAUGGAUAAAUUGUAUCGGUGCAGUACAAUCAGCAGCUUUUACUUUGAUCGUUGAACAUAAACUCAAUGUCUGGUUCAUUACAUCCAGUAUUGAACUCUGGUGCGUCUUAUAUGCUGGAGUAAUAAGUUGUAGUUUGUGCAUUUUCAUUCAGUUCUGGACAACGGACCAAAAGGGACCUGUCUUCGUGAGCAUGUUCAAUCCUCUUGGGACAGUCUUGGUGUCAAUCCUAGCGUAUUUUGUCAUGGGGGAACAGCUUCACUUGGGCAGUAUACUUGGAGGAGUCAUAGUUGUGAUCGGACUAUACUUGCUUUUGUGGGGAAAAGAAAGUGAUCAAGAUUACAAAUCACGGCAACUAUCAAGUUUCAACAUAUAAGCAAGAGGAAAGCAGGACACAGAUAGUGACUUCAACGCAGGCAGAAAAGUUGUGCUCUGAAUAAGGUACAGUCGUGAAAGAUGGGAUUUUAUGACACGGAAGUGAUGAAUUGUGUGCAAGUUAAAAGGUUUCUUGCAAUGAUGGCAAAAUUGCAAUAGCAUAUCGCAGAUGCACUAAGAAGCAAAUAAAGAAGGAUAUGACUCCUACGAUGUAUUUCAUGAUAUACACUCCAAAAUGGCAGAGCCGGUCUACUGUGAAUUUUUCUCAUCUAUCCAAUAAUGCCAAAUAAAUAAACAUUUACAAGCAGCCCUAAACAAUAGGAUAUUUGUACAUCGCUUGUAUUAAUAAACAUGAAAUGAUAAUUCAAAACUUUGUCAUCUUCUAGCUCACUUUGCUUCUGCAAGCUGUGAUCGUAUGGUCUCAGGGUUCUGCAUUUUAUUUAUGC